GCCCACAGUUUGAGCCAAAAACUAACCAUGCACAUUUACACUGUAUUUGGACCGUUGCUGUCACUAGCUCUGCACAACUUUGCUUGUUCAUCCCCAAAUGGCUCAUCGUUUGACCCCAGAACCUUCUCUGGUCAGUUUGUGUCCUUCCACGAUGACCCUGUGGAGUACCUGGAUCUGUCUGCGCUCGACACUUUGGGGGAAUCCGGUUCUGGUUUGAGCCUGGAGCAGGUUCUAGUGAAAAAAGAAGUCCACCAUCCCAAAAAAGAGGGGCACUACAUAGUCUCAGAGGAGGCCAAAGAAUUCCUCCAGGGUCGUCUGGCAACCCUCUUUGUCCCCACUUUUUACAUUUUGGUCUUUUUUGUCAGCGUCCCCCUCAACCUUGUCGCCGUAGUGAUGUUUGUGCGUUACAUCCGACCCAGGAAACCAGCCGUGAUCUACAUGCUCAACUUGUCCUGCGCCGACUUGUUCUUUGGCCUGCUCCUUCCCUUUAAGAUCUCCUACCAUUACCACGGCAACAACUGGAUCUAUGGCGACUGGAUUUGCCGUACAGUGACAGCGGCUUUCUAUUGCAACAUGUACUGCUCCGUUCUGCUCAUCUGCUGCAUUGGCGGGGACCGUUUCUUAGCUGUGGUGUAUCCCAUAAACUCUCUAACCUGGAGAAGUCCCAAAACUGCCACCUCUGUCUGCAUUUCAAUAUGGCUGCUGGCAUUAGUGGGAGUGGCACCUCUGUUUUUCUCUACACAAACCGUCUAUUUACGACAACUGGACAUCACAACUUGCCAUGACAUUCAAGACGCACAAAAGCUCCAGUCUUACUAUCUCUAUUUCUUCCCUAUUUAUGCCACUGUUUUCUUUUUCAUUCCCCUGGUGCUUACUGUCGUCUUCUAUGUUCGGAUCGUCCAAGCCCUCGCUGAAGCCAAUGUGGAGACCAGGUCCAAGAAGACACGGGCAGUUGUGAUGACCAUCCUGGUGUUAGUAAUGUUUAUAGUCUGUUUCACUCCCACUAAUAUUAUCUUGAUGGUCCACUAUGUGCAGCUGUCCCACGUUUCCUCUGACUCUUCCUACCAAGCCUAUCUACUGUCUUUGUGCAUAGGGAGUCUCAGCUGCUGCAUAGACCCACUUCUUUACUAUUUUGGAUCAUCCCAGUGUCAAAGGCAGGUCUUAUUCAUAUUCGGGAGGAGGAGGAGACUUGGGACAUCAAGUACAUUCAUGACACAAAGUACAAGAAGUAGUGGGUACAACAGCAGCAUCCGUAAAGUGGAAACAGUGGGAAACCAAUAUACUUAAAGGCA